AUGCGCACGGAGCGCCGCGACGCCGCCGCGCGCGCGCCGCGGCAUGAGCGCGGCCGAGCGCGGCCCGGUGGGCCCGGUGGGCCCGACCCCGGCGGGGGCCGCAAAGCGCGGGGGCGGCCGCGCCUCACCGAGACCGACCGGGCCCGGCGGCGCCUGGAGUCGCGCAAGAAGUACGACGUGCGGCGGGUGUACCUGGGCGAGGCGCACGGGCCCUGGGUGGAGCUGCGGCGCCGCAGCGGAUGGAGCGACGCCAAGCUGGCGGCCUACCUGCUCGGGCUGGAGCGGGGCCAGCGCGCCGGGCGGCGCGGCAAACCCUGGGAGCAGCUCCCGAAAAAACCCAAACGGAAAAAAAGGCGCCGCCGGAACGUGAACUGCCUGCGGCACGCGGUGAUCUGGUACGAGGACCACCGGCAGCGCUGCCCGUACGAGCCGCGCCUGGCCGAGCUGGACCCCUGUGGGCUCUACACCACGGCCGUGUGGCAGUGCGAGCGCGGCCACCGCUACUUCCAGGACCUGCACUCGCCCCUGCGCCCGCUCAGCGACUCGGACGGCGAUGACGCUCCCGGCUCCUCCUCCUCUUCCUCCUCCUCGGGGGGCUGCAGCUCGGGCUCGGAGGCGGCUCCGGGGGGGGGUCCCGCGGUGGCAGCCGCCCCCCCCGGGGGCCCGGCCCCCCCCGAGGCGCUGGAGGCCGUGGUUUGUGUCCCCCUGCCCCUGCCCCUCCCGCGGGGGGGGCUGGACGGGGGCGGCCCCCCCACCCUCCUGCAGGGCCCCCCCCUCCUGAUCCUGGGCUGCGAGGCCCUGGGGGGGCUGCAGCUCGGCGUGGGGGGGCACGAGGUGCUGCUGGAAGGGGGGGGGGGCGCCUUCCCCCCCCCACCUGCGGAGCCCCACCUGCCCAAGACAGAGGAGGAUGAGGAGGACCCAGUGCUGAGGCUGAAGCAGGAGGAGCUGCCCCCCCCCGCCGAACCCCCCCCUCUGGAGCCCCCCCGGGAGCCCCCCCGGGACCCCUCCCCGGCUGAGGACCCCGAGGUGUCGACGAUCAUCUACGAGAUCCCCAAAGAGCCAGAAAGGCGCCGGCGGAGCCGCCGGGGCCGCGCCCCCUCCCCGGACCCCGAGGACCCCCCCGAGCCCCUCACCUGCCCCUACGCCGGCUGCGGGCAGGAGUUCAGCGCUCUCAGCAGCUUCCAGAACCACCUGAGCCUGGUGCACCGCAGGGGCCGGAGCCAGGUGUGCCCCCAGCCCGGCUGCGGGAAGGGUUUUUACCUGGCCAACCACCUGCGGCGGCACAUGGGCGUGCACUCAGGUGUGCGGGAAUUCACCUGUGACACCUGUGGGAAGUCCUUCAAGCGCAAGAACCACCUGGAGGUGCACAGGAGGACACACACCGGGGAGACCCCCCUGCAGUGCGAGGUGUGCGGGUACCGCUGCCGCCAGCGCGCCUCCCUGACGUGGCACAUGAGGAGACACGGGGGGCUCAAGAGCCACCCCGAGCCCCGUGGCACGUAGGGACCCCCCCCCGGACUCACCUGGGCCACCCCCGGACUCACCUGGGCCCCCCCCAGACUCACCUGGGCCCCCACCUGCUCGCCAGGACCCCCCGAUGUUCCUGCGGCUGCACCUGGAGGUGAAGAAGAACCACCUGGGGGGGGUCCUGAGCCUCUCCCCAGGACACCCCGAACACCUGAGGGACCCCUCGGUGUCCUUGUGUGUCCCCCCCCCCCCCUCAGGUGACCCAGUGGCCCCCCCAGGUGUCCCCGUUGCCCUCUCCCCUCACCUUUUAUUUAUUUCCUCAUUCUCGCUCGUCACCCCCCUGGGGACACCCGGGGUUUUGGGGGGGGGGGGUUUGGGGGCUCUGGGGGGGCGCAGACCCCUCCGGGACCCCCCCCCAAAUCCAUUAAAAUCAGGACUUUU